AUGUCACGAAAAUUCUUUGUUGGAGGAAACUGGAAGAUGAACGGCACGAAGAAAGUCGCUGAUGAACUACUCAGCAAUUUAGUAAAGGGGCCUUUGGACCCUAAUGUUGAGGUUUUGAUUGGAGUACCAGCCAUAUACUUGGAUUUUGUCAAAGAAAAAGCGCCAUGUAACAUAUAUGUUGCAGCACAGAAUUGUUAUAAGACUGAAAAGGGCGCGUUUACUGGAGAGAUAAGCCCCAGUAUGUUGAAAGAUAUUGGUAUUGACUGGGUGAUUUUAGGUCACUCUGAACGUCGGCAGAUAUUUCAAGAAACUGAUACUCUCAUUGCUGAAAAAGUAAAUCAUGCUCUUGAGUCUGGAUUAUCUGUUGUCGCAUGUAUUGGUGAAACUCUUGAAGAACGUGAAGCUGGACAAACUGAAGCGGUUGUAGCUAAGCAAAUUAAAGCUAUAAAAGAGAAAAUAUGCAAUUGGCAAAAUGUAGUUAUUGCUUACGAACCAGUCUGGGCCAUUGGUACUGGUAAGACUGCUAGCCCUCAACAAGCCCAAGAUGUCCAUAAAAUUUUGAGAAAAUGGCUAUGUGAUGAAGUAAGUGAAACUGUUGCCAAGACUACACGCAUCAUUUAUGGUGGAUCUGUGACAUCAUCUAAUUGCCGAGAAUUAGCUAAAGAAUGCGACAUUGAUGGAUUUUUGGUUGGAGGUGCAUCCUUAAAACCAGAAUUUGUUGAAAUAAUCAACGCUAAUCAGUAA